AUGUUGAAGACUCUGGCUGUUCUCGUCGUCCUUCUGAGCUCUGUCACGUGUUUUUUUCUGAGUGAAAAAGACAUUUGUGAUGUGGAAAAAGCAAGAUGGAAUCAAUGUUUCAAAGGAUUCAUUAACAAAACAACCGAGUUGAAUGAAGUCGCCAAAGAAAUUCUUGGAUCAAGUUCUACAGUUGCCCCGAGUCACUACGAAAACAACAGAAAAACCUUCCAAGCUCUUCUGCAAUGUUUUGGAGAUAUCCACUGUAAAGGAAUGCGAAAACUGAUCAAAUUUGAGUUGGAUACAUUUGAUUUCUAUAUGGAAAUGGAUGACGGAACAGCCGAGCAAUGUGUUAAGGAGGCUGAUCAAGCUGUGCCACUUCGUAACUGCAUUCAUCCCAAGGAUUACAAGUUUCCAGCUGGCUAUGAUUUCAACAAGGAAAUUCUGAGUUGUACUGAAGAGGUUCUCGAAAACACGGAAUGCAGUGCCGAGGAUAAGAAGAAUGUGAUGAGAGGCGCAUUGGCUGUGAAGGAUAUGCAUGACAUCUUUUCGUUUCAUUUGAAGAGCGAAGAUCUUGUUAAUGAGUUCGACUUGAAGUUCGAUCGUACCAAAUACUUGUGA